CUACUUUCACCGCACUCCAGUCAUCAAGCGCACGCCCUCUCCUUAUCUUCUUCGUCGUGCUUUUAAACUUGCUUAAAGUACAAUCCACUCUCUCUCCCAUCUCUCAGUUCUCAACCAUUCCCAUGGCUGCCUUCACUGUCUCUUCUGCUUCCCCCUGUAAGCUGAGUUCAAGGGAAAAUGGGAUGUGCAGUUCAUCAUCACAAGCGUUAAUGGCGAAGGCGAGGAGAAGCAAUAAUGUGGGAAUGAAGGAGAAGAGGGGAGGGAGAGUGAGGUGUCAGGCGACGAGCAUACCGGCAGACGACAGAGUGCCGGACAUGGGAAAGAGACAGCUCAUGAAUCUGCUUCUGCUCGGAGCCCUUUCUCUUCCCACCGCCGGCAUGCUCAUCCCUUAUGCCACCUUCUUUGCUCCACCUGGGUCAGGAGGUGGAAGUGGGGGUACCGUAGCGAAGGACGCCCUCGGAAAUGAUGUCAUUGCUGCUGAAUGGCUCAAAGCCCACGGUCCUGGUGACCGAACCUUAACUCAAGGCUUAAAGGGAGAUCCAACGUACCUGGUGGUGGAGAAUGACAGAACACUGGCAACUUAUGGGAUCAACGCAGUGUGUACGCAUUUAGGAUGUGUGGUGCCAUGGAACGCAGCAGAGAACAAGUUCAUCUGUCCCUGCCAUGGUUCUCAGUACAACAACCAAGGCAGGGUUGUCCGAGGCCCUGCUCCUCUGUCUCUGGCAUUGGCACAUGCAGAUGUUGAUGAUGGCAAAGUGGUGUUUGUUCCAUGGGUUGAAACUGAUUUCAGAACUGGAGAUGCUCCCUGGUGGGCUUGAUUAAAUCUUAUUCAAUCUACAUCUUGUUGAAAAGAAUCAUUUUGUUUUUUGGUCUUAUGCAUGGUCAAAGUAAGUGUCUAUAUAUUUCUUGCAAAACAGUUGCUCUUCGUUCUUACACAUAAUUAUUUCUUCCAAACAAGUCCAUUUUCUCUCAUUUCUGAAUGUUAGAACUACCUUACAUAAA